AUGAAGCUACAACAGAGAGCCCCAGCGAGCAGUUUCUUCCCUCUUGGCGGGACGGAUGGCCGCCAGCCCGGCGUCCAGAACUACAUCUCCCAGCAGCCCCCGCGAGCGGCGGCCGGAACUCUCUGCGGCGGCACCGGCCAUUUCCGCCAGCGCCGGCCACGUGACGGUGCCCUUUCCAAGAUGGCGGACAACCUCCCCUCCGAGUUUGAUGUGGUGGUGAUAGGGACCGGUAGGAGACGGCGCGGUGGCGGCGGGUUGCGCUGGGGCUGCUGUGCCGGGGGAGGCAGCGUCGGAGGGGCUGGGCGGGUGCUGUCAAGGCCAGAGAGGCUAAUUUACCUAAUACCGCAUCUGAUAAAUGAAGGUUUGCCUGAAUCUAUUGUUGCAGCGGCAUGUGCCAGAAGUGGCCAGAGAGUUCUUCACGUUGAUUCGAGAAAUUACUAUGGUGGAAACUGGGCCAGCUUUAGUUUCUCAGGAUUAUUGUCCUGGAUUAAAGAAAAUCAGCAAAAGACGGAUAUCAAUGAUGAAUGUGAAGACUGGAGAAAAUUGAUCCUUGAGAAUGAAGAAGUUAUUUCUCUUAGCAAGAGGGAUAAAACUAUUCAACAUGUAGAAGUUUUCUGUUUUGGCGAUCAGGAUUCAGCUGAAGAUGUUGAAGAAGCUGGUGCAUUGCCAAAGCUGCAUGUCUUCGGAGCUUCUGGUGCUGAGGGGGUUGCUCAGGAAUCGGAAAAAGAGUGCCCACCAGCGGAGAGUGCCUUACCGGAGGUGGAGAGCCGGGAACCAGAAAAGGCUACAGGCACUGAGCCAGCAAGUGCAAUGGAAGGGAAUGAUGCAGAAAUGACCUCUGAGAAGGAAAGUUCUCAUAGUACGGCUUUAGGCGAGUCCACUCUGGAAUUGGGAAAAACUGAAGCUGUACCCUCAGAAGUUUCUGCCCAAGAACCAAAGAAAAUUACGUAUUCCCAAAUUGUUAGAGAAGGCAGAAGGUUCAAUAUUGAUUUAGUUUCCAAGUUGCUUUACUCCCGAGGUCUGUUAAUUGACCUUCUGAUUAAGUCGAACGUUAGCAGAUAUGCAGAGUUUAAAAAUGCGACACGAAUUCUUGCCUUUAGAGAAGGAAAAGUAGAACAGGUACCUUGUUCUAGAGCAGAUGUCUUCAACAGCAGACAGCUCACUAUGGUGGAAAAGAGAAUGCUAAUGAAAUUUUUGACAUUUUGUUUGGACUAUGAACAACACCCUGAUGAAUACCAAGACUAUGAGAACAGUACAUUUGCGCAGUUCUUAAGAACACGGAAGUUAACACCCAGCUUGCAGCACUUCAUUCUUCACUCUAUCGCAAUGGUUUCAGAGACUGAUUGCAGCACUCUUGAAGGUCUUCAGGCAACAAAAAAAUUUCUUCAGUGCCUUGGCCGCUAUGGCAAUACACCAUUUUUGUUUCCUCUGUAUGGUCAAGGAGAGAUCCCACAGUGCUUCUGCAGGAUGUGUGCUGUAUUUGGUGGUAUCUAUUGUCUUCGCCAUUCUGUGCAGUGCCUUGUAGUGGACAAAGAAUCUGGACGAUGCAAAGCUAUUGUGGAUCAUUUUGGACAAAGAAUAAGUGCUAACUAUUUUAUUGUGGAAGAUAGUUACCUUUCAGAGAGCAUAUGCACAAAUGUGUGUUACAGGCAGAUCUCCAGAGCAGUGCUCAUUACAGAUCAGUCUGUACUAAACACAGAUUCAGAGCAGCAGGUUUCCAUUUUGACAGUGCCUCCAGUGGAUCUAGGAAAACCAGCGGUUUGCGUCAUUGAGUUGUGUUCCUCAACCAUGACAUGCAUGAAGGACACUUAUUUAGUCCAUUUAACCUGUCCAUCAGCUAAAACUGCUAGGGAAGAUUUAGAGCCUGUUGUACAGAAGUUAUUCAAUCUAAAUACAGAAAAAGAGACGGAAAAUGAAGAGCUGGAAAAACCUAGAGUCCUCUGGGCAGUCUACUUCAAUAUGAGAGAUUCUUCAGGAGUUGACAAAAGUUCAUACAAUGGCUUACCCUCAAAUGUUUAUGUCUGUUCUGGACCAGACUCUGCUUUAGGAAAUGACUGUGCUGUCAGACAGGCUGAGACUAUUUUCCAAGAAAUGUUUCCUACAGAGGAAUUUUGCCCACCACCACCGAAUCCAGAAGAUAUUAUUUAUGAUGAAGAUGAGAUUGCACCAGAAGAGUCUGGAUUCAGUAACUCACCAGAGACAAAACCUGAAUCCUCAACUGAGGAAAGCAGUAGCGGAGGUAGUGCUGCUGUUAAAAAGGAAGAUAAUGAAGAAUGAAUUAGCACUGUUCUCUUAGUAGAAGAGGAGGUUGACCCAAACUAAAAUGUAAGGGAGGAAGGGUAAGAAAAAGAGGUUUAAAAAACCCAUAGCUGUAUUAUUUGCAAUUGCCUUACUUUCCUUAGCUUGAAUAAUCUUUCUUUGUCAAAUAGCUUCAUUGAUAGCUGAGACAUUUCUAAAUAGUCAUAGGUCCAGCAGAUCCAGGGGUGUUUGUCCCUAAACAAAAAAUCAUAGAACAAAGCAUUUGAAUUUAGAAUGCUAAAAUAGGAUUCAUGACUUGUAGAGAGAGUUUGGUUUUGUUUUACAUCUUGGAAGGAAUCCUCCAUUUUUUAAACAGGCAACAAGUCGAAAAUAAUCAAAAGAAAAAAUGUGCAAGUUUGCUUACCAGUCAGAAGAUCAUCUUCUGAUAUAACGUAUCAAAGUUCUACUAAAAAUCAUUGGAACUCUGCUAAUUAAACAGUGGAAGGUGAGCUUCACAGUCUGUCUUUCAAAGUGCUUUUAUGACUGGAACUUGAAGGCAAUAAUAUUGACAAUUCUGGAGUGGCUUUAGAAUAUGUAAUAGAUGUCAUGUUUAAUUUGUGUAAUGAAAAAUUUCUUGUAUGGUUUUGAAACUGAUGGCAUAGUUUAGAAACAAAUAUAAUCCAAUAGAUGUUCCUCGCAUGAAACUACUUUACAUUCAGAUUUUUUUAGUAAGAUCUAAUAGAUCACAAAUUUUCACUAGUGACUUAAUUUACUGUAGUCAGGAAAAUAGCACAAUUUAAACCUAACGCUAGAUUUCCCAACAAAAUUUAAAAUCGUAAGUGGAGCGUACCUGUUGUUAGUUUCCCUGGAUUUGUUGCAGUGUUUGGGCCUUUAAUAAGCCAGUAGUUAAUUUUUUGAAGUAUGGUGUCUGAGAAGUUUAGAUGAUCAUUAAUUGAGGUUUUUUGUGGUGGGGAGAAGGUUCAACUGAUAAUUCCAAAGGUUUGUAUUGAUCCCGGUUAAUAGGAUUAAAAUUAGCGUGAUAGCUGUAAAUUAUGCAUUUUGUAAUGAUAAAUCAUAAAGCAUUUAUACAAUAAAAUUUAUUGAAGUAUUUAUAAGCCUAGUUUGUAUGAAAAAUUACAAAAUAAGAAAGCUGUUGUAAAUGAUCAUGAUAAACUUGCACUUCUGAACGAUGCUGGAAAUUAGAUAUUCAGAUGAUGAAAAAUAUUUAGCAUUUACUUAAAGAUUUACUUUAAAAUGUACACCCAAUAGAUCAGUAGUAUAUCUAAAUAUAGAGAUCAGUGAAUUUUGAUGAGAAGGGUUUUAAACUUCUACAUGAACUUAGAAAUAGUUCUAGCAGUGCUUAAAUACUGUACGUAAAUAAAAAAUACCAUUGAAUAAUGAAUAUUCAGCACUGCCUGAACUUGACAUAUCCGGGCUUUGUAUGGUUUUGCGGUGCACGUGCCUGCCUUUAAAAUGGCUUCAUGCCAUAAAGGUUAAUUUAUUUAUUUUUUUACAGCAUAACUGAACUGUUAACUUCACCUUUUCUUGCAUCAUAACACAUUGUCCAAUUUGCAUUUCAAAAACUGGUUUGUUUGUGUUUACGUUCUUCGCUUAUUGGAUCGGUACCAUUGUGUGUAUAAUCCCAAAGUCCUCAGAAAAAUAUGUGGUUGAAAUGUUUCCAAUGUUAAACAACAGUCAUCUUUGGAUGCUUGUGAUUGAGCAGUUAUUUAUAUAUGGUAAUAAGCAGACUGCCUCUUCAUUUACCUGUAAUUUUUAUGUGUAUUGGAAAGCAUGAGUAUAUGGUAAUUGUAUUUAACACCUACAGAUCUGUAAAAGAGCUAAGUGGAGGACCUAGUCCCUGUUUGUCUUUCAAUAAUAGGGAUCAUAGUUGAAUUUUUCGUCUUCUAUGUUUACAAGGAAAUCGUUUGAUGAAAAUUAAAUGUUUGCUUGCA